UUUUUUUUUUUUUUUUUUUUGGUCGCCAGGUUACGUUGCUUAACGCUGUUGUCGGGUACUGCUAACGCCCACUUCAUAUUCCUCAUUUCGCAAAAGGGCUGCCCCAUUCAUAGGCGCUAGCAGGCAGGCGAGCAAAGCGCAGGAGCGGCCGAGCACCGUCAGCGACAUAGUGUGUGAGCCAAAUGAUGGUCUCCCACUGAAAAACACCAGGCCAGGUUAAACUGCGCUAUCAUCGCCAGACGUUUCGACAUCGGACAUACUCUCAACCAAAGCCGGAACCAUCCCCUUAAUGGAAUGGGGAUCUGAAUGUUUUGACUGAAUACUGGGAGCUCCUGUGCUCGACCUGCCGCGGAAAUAGACUGACUUCCUAGUCGCUUGGCUCCUCACCGCUGCCGCAGACCGGCCACCUUACUCGGCUCAUUUAACCCAGUCUGUCCGCGGACCACUGGCUCUGGCAUCUGGACACAUCGGAACUGCUCUAUAGUAUUUGUAGAUAACGCAGACGUGCCUGUGUGUGCUUUUUGCUGCCUGUAUAAUGCCGACACAUCUGCGGUUCCGGAGAAGGUCAUUCCUUGGGCUUAUAUUCCUUUUUUCACUGUCCACCUCCGCAUUGUAUUUCAUCUACUCCGCCCCCGGUAUCGUGAAUGAGUAUGUGUUCCUGGUCCAAGCCAGAGGGAUCCAGAUCAGAGAGAACGUGAAGAACAUUGGGGCUCAGGUUCUGGAGCAGGUGGUGAGAGGGGCGUACAGCAUCAAUGGCACAGAUUACGCCUAUGACUUCAACAUGAGUGAGAGUGAUGCUCCUCCAACCACAUACCUCCCAGAGGGCUUCACCUACCUCCCCUCCCAGGUUUGCCCUGAGAGGCUGCCCUACAUGAAGGGGAGGCUGGAGGUGAAUAUGAGUGAGAUCUCUUUGGAGGAGGUGGAGAGAUCCUUGCUGGAGGAAGAGUCUAUAGCCCCAGGAGGCUACUGGAAGCCCAAAGACUGUUUACCUCGCUGGAAGGUGGCAAUCCUGGUCCCGUUCAGGAACCGACACGAACACUUACCCAUUCUCUUGAGACACCUGGUGCCAGUGCUGCAGAAGCAGAGACUUCACUUUGCCUUUUAUUUCAUAGAGCAGGGGGGUACAGAGCCAUUUAAUCGAGCCAUGUUGUUCAAUGUGGGCUACAAAGAGGCUAUGAAGGACCUGGACUGGGACUGUCUGAUCUUCCACGAUGUGGACCACCUCAUGGAGAAUGACAGAAACUACUAUGGCUGCACCGACAUGCCCCGACACUUUGCAGUCAAACUCGACAAGUACUCUUACAUGCUCCCAUAUAAUGAGUUCUUUGGUGGUGUCAGUGGCCUGACGGUGAAGCAGUUCAAAAAGAUUAAUGGAUUUCCUAAUGCAUUCUGGGGCUGGGGAGGAGAGGACGAUGACCUCUGGAACAGGGUGCAGUUUGCCAAUUACACAGUAAGUAGACCACACGGAGAGCAGGGACGCUACAUGUCAAUUCCACAUCACCAUCGCGGAGAGGUCCAGUUCCUGGGAAGGUACAGUCUACUGCGCCACUCAAAGGAGAGACAGAAAGUGGAUGGUCUUAACAACCUAAACUACUCUGCCCUAGUGGCCAGGAGGCCUCUCUACACGAAUAUCACAGUCAGCUUGAGCAGAAAGCUUGCACCCAUAGCUGACUACUGACGUAGGCAAAUAUGGACUGCAAAACAUCUGGGAAUCAAAGUCCUCUGGGACGUCAGCCAUAUCUCACCAGUUGCAGCACUGCAUAGGACUUUUUCGUUGAUUCUUUGCUUUGUUUCUUGUGUUUGUAUGCAAAAAAAGGAGACUCAAAUAAGUACAUUGGAAAAAAUCAUAAAAGAAAUUAAGGAUAAAUGCUGCACUUGCUUGUGCCACAGUCCAUCACUCCUCUCAUCUGGGCUUGUCUAGUGUUCUAGUGUCUCCACAUGCCUUUUGCACCAUUUUGGCCUUCAGCAUCCAUUCAUUCAUUCAUUCAUCCUUCAUUCAUUCGUUUUCUAAUUUAGUCAACAAUUAGCUCAGCCCUGCACUAUCGUGCUUGUUUAUUAACAUAGGCCAUGAUACACAUGCACACUCAUAGCAUGGUCACCUAAGCUUCAUUUUUUUUACUUUGCUCUUGAACUUCUUAUGUUAACAAAUGCAUUAUCCUGUGAAAACAUUUGCAUGCACACACAACCACACAGAAACUUUAACCGAGUGGACCCUUGCAGCUGGUUCUGCAGAAGGUAUGCCAAAUCUACAACUGAAGAGAGUAAGAAAAAAAUGAGUGCGUGUUCUCAGUCAUGUAUACUGUAUGUGAAAUCUUUCAUCCUAAGUUUAGAGAAUAUUAAUACCGUAAUCAUCUCUUACCAACUAUAUUUUGUCCUGUGAACAUACCAUUCAAAGACUGUGAUGUUUAUGUUUGCAUAGUUACAUUGGAUGUUCUGGCUGCCUGCAAGUGGCUGUAUGUUGGAGAGCAAUGCUCAUCCUGUUAGCAAUAAGCUGUAAUAUCAGACAGCAGAACUUAGACCCGACUUCCUCACUAUACAGAUGCAAUAGCAUGGGUGCUAGCAUACCCCUAUUGGACUACAGAGAAGGAGUGACUGCAUAUGCAAACUUCACAUUCAACACACCUUUGCCUAAGCAAACAUGCCACCCUUUUCAGUACCUAUUUGUGUCCAUGUGCUCGUCUGUGUAUCUGAGUGAGGGAGAGCUAUGCAAAUGGCCUGUGUGUAUCCUGUUGUCAGCACAAGGUCCUCAGGGUGACCUCGAGAAGACUUCACCCCUGAAAGUGUGACAGACUGACUUCAGGCCUCACUUUGUGUGCGGUGUGUAAGUCCAGGCCAGGGAGAGAGGGAACAGUUGUCGUUUUAUUUUUAGAUCGCACAUUCUUAAUGGUUACUCACCUUCAUUUUUCACUGGAGAGAAUUGGAGGCAGAAAAUACUUGAUUGCUGUCACUGUCACUGGUGUUUACAGAAGCUUUUGCUUUGUUAUUUUCCAGAUUGUCUAGUGUUUGUAAUACUGUUAGCCAGCCCUCCUCCACUGUAGGUGCUGUGAAAACUAUCUUUACAACAACCAAUCUAUGCCUGCCUUUAUUUUUUUGUUAACUAACAAUUCUUUACCCUGACGCGUUUAGGGAAAAGCUGAUCUAAAUGCUUAUCUAAGUUGUCAGGUCAUAAACCACUGAUUAGCUGUUUUAGCUUGCGGUCUGACUGUAGGCCAGUGAGUUUCUCUGUGUAAAUCAUACAUCAGGAUGUUGGUCAAAGUAAAGGUUUUGUUGGGUGGCAUGCAGCUUAACACUGUGCAUUUACAGUUGCUCAAAUGUCGCUUCUCUGAUUUGUGUUUGUCAGUGUUGAUUUGGAGUAAAAUAUCCCAAUACUGUAAAUGUAGUUCCAUUUAAAAAAAAAAAAAAAAAAAAAAAACAUUUUACAGACACUUCCUCCACACUGUCUGUCCUCUAGUCAUGCAGCUACUUCAUUUCACACAAAUCGCCUUGUAUGCAUUUCUUAUGAUGUAUCUUUUGGGGAAAAUGUGGGUGGUUGACAAACUGUUGUGUUCCCACAAUGAAUUAAGAGGUAAAGAGGCAGGACCUCGUUUUAUUUAUUUGAUCUUUUAUGGAUUAUUUUCUGUAAUCGUGCAGUUUUUAUUUUUUCUUGCGGUUGGUGUGAUGAUUUAGUAGGUGAUGUAUGACAGACUGUGUUAGAUGCACUGAAACCUGUAGUUAUGCGUUAUUUGGGAUUGUGAGGUUCAGGUCUGUGUAAACAGGGAGCUGUUCCAUUUCAUUUAGACAUAGAUUUCAGAAUAGCUGGUUUUGAUGAAAUGGAAUGGGACCUGUAGCCUGGUGUGUAUUAAUAUGCCGAACAGACACGUCGGAGGAAGCCAUUUUGUGUGACAACCACAGGAAGAGCAAGACACCUAAUCAGAAAAUGCUAGUGGUCGCUGUCUUUCACUGGGCACCUCUUUUAUACUAAUUGAUCAAUCAAUGGUGCUGACCUUUCAGAGCUCCCUUUGAGGGAUUCUAUCUCUACGUGCUUACUGGAACCAGUCCUAAUAUCAUGAAGGCUAGUAUCAACAAGCAAAACAUCCUUUUCCAACUUUUAUGGCUCUGUCAUGCAAUUCCAACCUGCAUAUGAGCCACGUAGAUAUCCAGUGUUUUUACACCUUUACAUCCCGCCAGGUGAAGUUUAAUUUGUGUAUGUGUUGUUCUGGUUCAUUGCCACAAACAGAAGCACGUUUUUACCUCCUAGCCAGUCAAAAAGAGUUGCCCAGUGGAAGUCAUGGACAGUAGCAGCAUUUGUGUUAAGUUUUCUUUUCCACGUGUGUUUGAGUGAAAUGGCUAAACCUUUUCAGAGGUCUAACUGUCCUCCAUCUAGAUUUUGAGUUUUUUUUUUUUUUUUUUGGUAUUUCAAUUUGUUUUCUCGCACUGAUAAGAAAAUUGAUUUAUAGUGACCUGGUUGUGAAUAACUCGCAGGUUAUUUUCUAGCUCUUGACUCACAUGAUACACUGUAGCUAUAUUAUACUUUUUAUUUUUUCAUUGCUUUAAAUUAACAGCUACAUGGACGUAUAGCAAAAGCCAAAUGGUUUUAGUUUGAGUGUUUCCAGAGAAGAUUCAGACCUUGAGGGUCCUGUCAGUAUAAACAGGUCCUCUGGUUGGCGUAGAUAAUCUUGGAGAGAAAGUGUUAGACUCGAUACUCCAUAUAGUAGAAUGAGCAGCUUCAUCAGCCAACACCAUAAUCAGUGAAGUGGGUUUUCUAUGACUAUUAAGAAAGCUUUGUCCACUAGAAGUAACAGGGAGCAAAUAAGUCAGCUCUCUCUUUUUAUUUAAAACAGGAAAUUUGAUUGUUUUCAGUUGGUGAUGAGAGCAUGCUGGAUAGUUAUUCCUGUUUCUAUAUACCUAACAUGGUCUCAAUCCAGACCAAGACCAAGCCUGCUGCUCACUCAAGAGACUUCACCGUAACAUAAUCUCACUUGCUCUGAUCCAUUCUGUGCCAGUUUAAAUGAAGGGACCAUUCUUUUGGCAUCUGACAAGACUGGCAGCCUUAAAGCGUCUUAAUUUAUUGCAGUGUUUUUUUUUUUUCACUCAAGUUUUUUUUUUCUUUUUUAUAUAAGUGAAAAUAUUUAAAUUGAAAAAAGUGUAUAUCAACAAAAUGAUCAUUGUAAAUAUUGUUGUGUGUAGUGUUUUAGAAAUUCUAUAGGGUCUUAAAUCACUACAGAUGCUAGCAAAAAGAACAAGGCUUUGGAGGGAUUUGGCUGGGGGUUGAUCUGGUGCCAUUUAAGUGCUAGUGAAGCUUACACAUCGACAUCAGUGUUUUUACAUCACAGCUACCCAGCACAGUUUUUAUUUUUAAAUGAUCCCAUGAAUUUUAGAUUUCUCUCACAAUCUCUGAAGUGUUCUGCAUUCACGAGGCCUCCCCCGUCCUUCAUACACUGCAGCAGUUGAAGAGACAUAUCAUGGCAGACAUAGACAUCAAUCUUCAGAUAAAGUGUAGUGUCUUUGUUUCUGCGUGCAAUGUCUCUUUGAUCGUGACGGCAAUUGGGUGUAAGGUGUAGGUCAGUGGAAAGCACUGCAGGAUAGCGAUGUGUCAGCCAAAAACACCAUAUGCUUACAAUGCAAUGAAACACAGGCACCCCAAUCCAGCGACACAAUCCACUCUAAUUCUAACACAGAUUCAUUUUUUUUUUUUUAUGAAAGCAAACUAUUCAAAAAAAAUAAAAAGAAAAAAAGAUACAGAUUGCUAAAUUUAAAAUAUAUCUUUUCUGAUUGUAAGGAGAGAAGUUCUCCUUGAAUUGAAGCCAUUUGAAGCCACUUGUCAAAACUUGAUGUCAGCCUUAUGUGGAUCUGUUUGUGUAUCGGCAUAUUAUCUUUUGAUUAUUGAAAUUUGUAUGAUGGAAAUUUUUCUUUUAUACCAUCAUUGUUAUUGUCAAAGUACACCAAUAAAAUGAAAGUUGUAAAGAUA